AUGGCUCUUGGUUGUGGAGCACAUUUUCGGAUGAGGACUUUCCAAUGAAUGUCAUAAAGCAAACUAGCCCCGGGAACGAAGGUUGGGAAGAUAUUUAGUUAGGCUCGACUGGUGACGAAAUCUUCCCUCGGCUGAAUGAAACGUAUUUCUCUAAAGAACUAGCUAUACAUAUAUACUUUUUUAGAAGAAGAUUUUCCGAACUUCAAAUUCAGGGAAAAGCAUGAAAUCAGGAUUUUCCCUGUGCUUUGAAGGCACAGAACCGUUUUUGGAUUUCGAUCUGCUUCCCUUUAUCAUUGCACCAAGUGGCAUGAACACCAUGAGUGCCGUAGAUUCCUUUUCUUGUUAAGUUGCAAUGGGCAGAUUGAGUGGUAGAGAUUGGCGUUAGAAUUUCAACAAUGAAGGGCAACAACAAAGGCGAAAUGUGUAAUUUCUUGUAUUUUAAUGUGUAAUCAUGUUCACAGUCCCAAAUUGUGUAGCCAUGACUUAUGUCUCAUUAUCUCUUUUUAGGAUGAUCCUGAAUUAGAAGCUAUUCGGCAGAGAAGAAUGCAGGAACUGAUGGCACAGCAGGGUGUUGUAAGUGAUGUGCUUCUUUAUUUACCGAAUUAUGUCAACUCUAUCUCAUUCUUCUGUAUGCUUGUCAUAAAUCACCUCUGAUUUAUCAGUCUACGUCACUAGGGAAAUCAACAAAAUGUAGGGCAACAGAAAGCUCAGGACGAUGCCAAGAGGUGAUUUUCUCUUUUAUUUUUUGGAAACAACUAAACAUCAAGGUUUUAUACGCGGUGAUUGAAAGAUAUCCAGUCUCUGUGCUUCAGAUAAUGUGCUUUGAAGUGUAGCCAUCUGUGUUGGUGUUUUCUGCAGUUCAUCAAAAUAAUUAUUUUUGCCAAUAAAAUUUUCAGGGAAGCAGAUGAGCGGAGACAGCUAAUGCUUAGUCAGAUAUUGUCAAGCCAGGCACGAGAAAGACGUAAGUUAUCAAUUACUAGAAGAACAUGUGUUUGACACCUCUUUUCUUCUUCUAAAGUACCUUCUUGGCACGGUACAGCAUUACUCUUGAAAUCCGUACUUAGUCCUAGUGAGCAGUUUAAGAUAGAAGAAGAUGAUGCCGGUACAUCAGAAAACUCCUCCACAGGGUCGUACUUUUGAUCAUAUAUUCACGAUGAAAAAUGAAAAGGUCCAUACACCACCCUUGAGAAUUGCAUGUCCUAAAAAUAUAUCACGAUUUCCAUGGGAUUUUCUUCUUGUACUUCAAACCCACAUUUAAUCAAAGUGGAUCAAUAUCAUUUUCCCCAUUUUACCCUCCUAUUUCUCUGAUAAAUACAUAGUUAUUGUUCAUUUAGAAAAUAAAAGAACUCCACACCAGAACAUGUUUUUUAUAGCUUGAUAUCCCUAUGUCAGACCCAUACGAUGGUCAUUUCCUUCCUGUCCCUUUGAAUAUUUCAUUUCCUCUACUUCCCUGAUUUGCUCAUCUCCCAUUCAAUUUCGAGUCUCUGGGUGCCCCAAUUUAGAAUGGCGGGAGUCACCCUAAUGAAUAUUCAUUCCUGGGAUGCCAUACUAAUACUGUUAGAUGGCAUAAUCCAUUUUUUGGUAUUCCUUCAGUUUUUUCGAGUGGUUGGUGAUAAUAUUGUUGUUAGGCAAUCUCGGGACGUUACUAGUAUUAAAUUAAUAAGGAUAUUACUUUUGUCACCAUUAGUUACACAGCAUUUGUGGUGAUCAAUGUGUCAGAUUUUUCUAAAGUUGGAGUUUGGCAUAUGAAAUUGCUAGGAAAUACUGUGGAUCUCAUGCAGUCCUUUUAUUGUUAAGGAAGAGUAAUUGCAAAUCACGGCAUAAUAAAGUUGAGUCUGACGUAAAUAUUACUUCUCCUGAUGUACUCUGCAUCAUCCCUCCUCCUAUCCCCUCUGUAGCACUACUAGGUUUCUCUGGUGGGAAGCCAAACUUCUCCUCUUUCUAGUCUUAAGGUAAGAGAAAAAUCCUUUUCAGUCAUUCCUUUCUUCUCAUCUUUCCCAGCUAUGUCUUCCUACCUGUCCUAGUGAAUGGGAUGUUUACGUUAUUGCUUCCCCAUUGAGCUAUAUUUUUUUUUUUGUGUUUCUCGUUAAAGGAAUCAUUAAUGGGUUACUUCUGAUAAGUUUUAGCAUCAUGUUAAGCGUCACCACCUGUAAAAGUGUCACGCAUCAUUUGGUUGCCUGUCCAUCUACUCAAGGCCCAUUUUAUUCACCAUUUAUACGGAAAGGCCCAUGGUUUUUUUUUCUAGUCAUUGCGAGGAUAUUUUUAGCACUGUACUAUUCCUCCCACUUUACUGCUUCAUCCGCCACAAUGGUUUUCGCCUAACACGAGAGUAAUUGACGGAGAAGUUGUCUAUGAUCCUAGUUGUUAAUGCGAAUUUGUGUCGUUAUAUUAUUCACUUCUCCUGCUUACACAACUUUGGUGCAAUACAAGCGAACCUUCACCAGUAUUUCUCGUCCAUUAGCUAAUGAACUUAAAAGGAAUUCGUAAAAUGGAAUGAAUCUAAGUCAAUUGCAGCUUUUGCUCCAGCUCCUGGGUUAUCCCUAUCAGCAACCGAUUUUUGUAUAUUAACAUAACAAUUGUGCAUUCGUUUGAAAAAUGUAGAAAAGGCCUUGGUAUGUUUCAGUUCUUGACUGUUUUGACGUGUUUAGUUUACUCUGUGUUGAACUCUCUAGGAUUGUUUUUCCUUUCUAUCUGUUUCUUUUCACUGUAUUUUCGUCCUCUGUCAUUCCCUAUGUUAAGUGGAUCCAUUAGACUGUUAACGGAUCCACUUAAAGACUGAUGUAAUGGGCCUGGCCCAUUAACUCAUGUAACCUGUACUUAAGCGGGAAACCAAGAUAAUUGAGUUAAUAUUUUUGGGAUUGCGGAAAUUCUGCUCCAAGAAGUGGUGGUGACUGAUUCAUCUUCCUGGAAGAGGAGGAUCGUGAAGAUCGAAUCCUUUCAUUCUCCAAGUUGCAAGAAUCUCAAUCAAGAUCAAUUCUCAACAAUCUGUAUUAUUAAAGACCAAAAGUAGCUAACAAGAAGAGUUUUCCAUCGUGAUGAAUGCUAUUCGUGAAUUGACAAUGCUGAGGAUCUUUCAACUUCACGGGAUAACUGUUAGUUUUUUUUUUUUUUCUUCAACAAACUCUGCAGUGUUGCAACAGGGUUUAAGUUGUUUGUUCUAGACAUGAGAAUUUUUCGCAUUAUCCGCCCUCUGGUACUCCAGUAUUAUAUGAUGUUUGAUCAUGCCCAAAAUUGUCAUUUCUAUUGUUGCUAGUUGCUCGGAUCGCUCUUGUGAAACCUGAUAAGGCAAGGGGAGUUGAAGAUCUCGUCCUCAGAGCUGCUCAGAUGGGGCAGAUUACAGAGAAGGUUGGAGGAUAAGGAAAUUUUCAGUUGAUGCAUUUUUCUACUCCCGUCUGUUCAUUCGACUGAUCUCCCUGAAUUUGUCUCAUUUUCACCCCAUCCAUAGGUAUCUGAAGAGAGGCUGAUAUCUUUGCUUGAGCAGAUCAACACCCAAACGAGUAAACAGACUAAAGUUACAGUAAGUUCUCGAUAAAUGAGACAUUCAACGCCAUACAAUUAGCAUGCCUGCCCUGUUUAUUGAACUUGUAGUAUAUCAUCGAUUAUGACAGACUUGAAAAUUUUGUUCCUCAGAUUCAGAGGCGUCGAAGUGUGCUUGAAGAUGAUGAUUAG